AUGGAUAUUCAAUCAAUUGUAAGCGAAUAUUUAGACCCAAAGAAUUACGAACACUUAUUUCAACAUGAUAUAAGCAAAUCAAACUGGUCAGAAUUAUUUGACCCAGUUAACUUUAAGUUCAACUUUGGUGUUACCCCAUUUUCACAAUUUCAAAUUGUACCAACUGUUUUAGCAGUUUAUUUAAUUACAAUUUUUUCAAUUAAGUUCUUUAUGAGAAAUAGAAAACCAUUCUCAUUAAAAAAUAUUACAAUUCUCCAUAAUAUUAUUUUAUGUUUAUGGUCACUUGCUAUGUGCGUCGGUAUUAUUUACGAAGUUAUUAAAAGAUCAGUUGCUGAAGGAUCACCAUUAUUUACUUUCUGUGAAGCUGCCAAAGGUUAUGAUAACGGUGUUUCAUACUAUUGGUCAUACAUUUUUUACAUUAGCAAAUUUUAUGAAUUAUUAGAUACUGUUAUUAUUGUAUUAAAAAAGAAACCAUUAAUUUUCUUACACGUCUACCAUCAUUGCAUUGUUGUUUGGUUAUGUUGGUACUUCCUUUACUCUGGUUGGAAUCUCCAAUUAUGGGUUGUUUUCUUAAACACUUUUGUACACGUUUUCAUGUAUUAUUUCUAUUUCCAAAGUGCUAGAGGUAUCUCAGUUUGGUGGAAGAAAUACAUUACCAAGAUUCAAAUCCUUCAAUUCUGUUGUCUUGGUGUUGCCGGUGUUCUUCAUGUCACUGCUAUUAAUACUGUCGGUUGUGUCACUCAUUACCCAUGUUUUGCCGCUGCUUAUUCAAUCAACUUUUCAUUCUUAUUCCUUUUCACUCAAUUCUAUAAAAAAUCUUACUCUGGUCCAAAGAAAGCCCAAGAAGUCGCAAAGAAAAUUGAUUAA